GUUGAUGCCAGAGAUCAGCAUCACGUCCAAAGCUACAAGUGGGUGACGUUUACCAGAUUUUGAUCGUCUCUGUAAUAUCAACAUAAAAAAAGUACAAUAUUAAAUCGAAAGCUACCUGCUGCGUAGCUUUCGAUAAUAUUAUCGAUGACGUGUUUUAAGCAUGGAGAGACCCCUGGAGAUGUUUCAUUAACGUUGAGCUAACUGCAGCUGUGACACUUCUCCUGGUGGAUUGGAUUAGUUUCAUUUUAUACUUUCACAGGCCUUGGCUUCAGACAUGCACCUAUCAUCACGCCAGGACUAUGUAUCUAUAAGCUUUCCCGGACAAGGAAGUGAAAGUUAUAACAACAGUAAGCAGUGGAGGAGGCAGUCCUGCUGGAGGAAAUGGAAGCAGCUGUCCAGGCUUCAGCAGAGCCUCGUCCUUUUCAUCCUUGUCCUCCUGUUUAUUUGUGGAAUAGCUUCUCAUCCUACUGUUACAAAACACCUCAGAGGCCUUACAGAUGGAAAGCAAGACACAGACAGUAACAGCAUCCUGGAGCCCUUCGUCCCUCUCGUGCUGCCCGAGCCGGCCAAACAGAGUCCACCACCACUGCCAGAACAACCCUCCCAGAAAAAACUAUCCAAUAAGAGAGGACCGCCAGUCCUUCAAAAUCGUCUCCAGAAGAAAGGAAAUGCUUCAGAGAUCGUGGUUGAAGUCAAGGCAGCUGACAGCAAGAAGGGAGAUGAUGAGGCAAGAGUCAUCAGCUGGCGUGGGGCUGUGAUUGAUACUGAUGAAGCCACGGAAGGCACCAAGAGUGGGGAAAAAAGGGAGGAUUCACCUGCCAACCAGGAAGUCAAAACCUCCACAGACUUAGAAUUUACCUGGCUGGAGGCAGUGCGAGAAGCUUUCAGACAUGCUUGGAAGGGUUAUAAAGAGUUUGCUUGGGGCCAUGACGAGCUCAGGCCCAUCUCCAAGUCUUACAGCGAGUGGUUUGGUCUUGGGUUAACGCUUAUCGAUGCCCUGGAUACCAUGUGGAUCCUUGAGCUGAAAGAAGAAUUUGAAGAAGCGAAGUUAUGGGUGGCCACAGAGCUCACGUUCAACAAAAAUGUUGAUGUGAACCUGUUUGAAAGCACCAUUCGCAUCUUGGGAGGCCUGCUGAGUACCUACCAUCUGACUGGAGACACCCUGUUUUUAGACAAAGCUAAAGACAUUGGCUCCAGGCUGAUGCCUGCUUUCAACACUCCGUCCAGGAUCCCGUACUCUGAUGUGAACAUUGGGAAAGGCACCGCCCACCCACCUCGCUGGACCUCAGACAGCACUGUAGCUGAAGUUACAAGCAUCCAGCUGGAGUUCAGGGAGCUCAGUCGCCUCACCCAAGAACCACAGUACCAGGCUGCAGUGACUGAGGUUAUGAAGCAGGUCCACAAGCUGGAUGGCAAGUUGGAUGGUCUUGUGCCUAUGUUCAUCAACACAAACAAUGGACAGUUCACCCAUCAAGGCAUCUACACACUGGGAGCCAGAGCAGAUAGCUAUUAUGAAUACCUGCUGAAGCAGUGGAUCCAGGGAGGCAAAAAAGAGAACCAAUUCUUGGAGGACUAUCUACAGGCAAUAGAGGGUGUAAAGAAGAACCUGUUGCAGAAGUCUUCACCUAAUGGCCUUACCUUUGUUGGAGAACUCUCACAUGGACAGUUCAGCCCAAAAAUGGACCAUCUAGUUUGUUUUUUGCCAGGUACUCUGGCCCUUGGUGCUCACAACGGCUUGCCUGCUGAUCACAUGGAUCUAGCCAAAGAGUUGAUGGAGACUUGCUACCAGAUGUACAUCCAGAUGGAGACAGGCCUCAGUCCAGAGAUAGUCCACUUUAACAUGCAUGAAGGCAGCACACGAGACAUUGACGUAAAGCUUGCAGACCGACACAACCUCCUGCGACCAGAGACAGUGGAGAGUCUCUUCUACUUGCACAGGUUCACAAAGGAUCACAAGUACCGGGAGUGGGGCUGGGAGAUUUUCCAAAACUUUGACAAGUACACUAAGGUUUCCUCUGGCGGCUACACCUCCAUUAACAAUGUGCGGGACCCAGAGUACCCAAGUCCCCGAGACAAGAUGGAGAGCUUCUUCCUGGGAGAGACCCUGAAAUAUCUGUACCUGCUCUUCUCAGACAAUCCCAACCUCAUUAGCUUAGACCAGUAUGUCUUCAACACUGAAGCUCAUCCCCUGCCAGUAUGGCCUUCCAGUGCGUGACAUGUAAACUUGCAGACAGUAUAACACAACAAAUCUCUCAGGGUUGAUCUAAAACCAAGAUAAUUCCUUUGUCUUCUGUGUCAGUGCUGGAAUGUUGUCAGAACAGUGCCAUUGCACACAGACCACAGAUGGAGAAGCCUGCUUUCCACCGAUUCAGUCAUUGUAUUCGUGGAUAGCCACUGAAAAGUCAUUUUGAGUUUGUGGCUAAGUCGGCUAUUUGGCCGUUUUCAUGGCAUGGACUUCUAGUAGUGACAGUUUUGAUGCUGGAAAAGCAGAGGAACGUUUCUAGUCUCAUGAACACCCAGUUGGCAUCAACACUGAAGAAAGACCUGAUCAUGACUUGAAUAUAAGCUGUCUUAAUUACAUGUAGAGAAGAUGAGGAGUGUCUGUUCAGACUGAUACAGAUGUAUCAAAACAGAUGCUGAUAUCUUCAGUUUUAAGCUGACCUUAUUUUUGGCUACAGCUGGACAACAUUGAGUUUUUUAUCUAAAAUGACCACUUUUAUGUCAGAAAAAAGUUCCCAGAACAACUUCCAUGUCUUCGUAUUUUGUACCUUGGAAUGGUUUGACUUGACAAACAGCAUUUAACCUAUUAUAAAGCAAAGCCAGUAUCUGCCCUGGAGCUCUGAGUCUUGCAGGGAAUGACUGGAAGUGAGUGGGAGUGACGGCAGGCUGGCUGCCUUUGUAGCACCACCUUUCCUGAUAGCAGUUGCCAGCCGUCUGGACUGAAAACAAGCCCAUCUGCAGCCUGACCGCUCUUCACUGUUACACUUGGAAGAGCGUGAGGCUAAUUCCUCAUCACUCUGUGUAGUACUUGAUAAUUAUCAAGUGCUGUUGCUAACACUCUUCUCAGAUGCCCUCUCUUCUCUGAUUGCAACCAGGGAAUCAAGCUGAAGCUUUUUGACAGGACAUAAGCGAUCCCUUAGUCCAUGAGUUGGCUGCCCUAUGCUGCAUUCAUGUCCUUUAGGAAAUGUGCCCUUCCAACAAGUUCAUAUUUAUUCGUCACUUGGGGUCAAGGAGAAAAGUUUGCUUGUAAAGUGCUCACGGUGCAACAUGAUUACUGACCAGAAGAGUUCAGUGACAGUGUUAGUAGCUCCAGAGACAUUUGUUGUCGGGCUGGGAGACAUGAUGACGUAUACAGAUAUCAGUUCUACCCCUUUCACACAUGCUCUCUAUUCUAUUACAAUGACAGCAACUCAAUGGGUUGGCUGCAUGUCUGAAUGUGCACCCUGGUUGCUCAUCCAUAAAAGUUGGGCCACCAAUCUUACUAGGUCACUAGGUUGGACCUAGUAACACUUCCAUAUAACUUUUAAUAUGGCACAAGUGUGAACUGAACUGUCAUACUAAUGGAUAUACAAACACAAGCAGCAGUACUUUGAGUUGUGUCAAGUGAUUUGAGGAAGCAUCAAUAUUCGUUUGAAAACAUCAGAAACACUUAAUACACAAUCACAGCACAAUUUUUUUCACACACUUUGCUUUACAGUUUCAAAUCUGUUAGACAACGAAAUGGGAUGGUAUUAAUAAUGAAACCUUAAUGAGAUGAAAACAGACAUUAACAGUCUAAAGAAUAACAAUAGUCACCGAUGAUGAAUGUAAUCCAGAGGUUUUUCUCCACAGAGGAGCUGAAGUUUGUUUCUUCCAGCUGUUUGGAGCUAUUGGCUCUGAGUUUGUAUAAUACCUGCAGCAUACUAGUGUCUCCAGAGAGAGAGAGUUGCUCACAUAAUUUAACUUGAAUAGAUUCUUUUAAUUAUAAAUUCACCCCAAGAGAUCAUGGAAAGCUGAUCAGUAUGAGCCAGGACCCAACAGGUGACGUGUCUUCACCUCAGGCAGGUGAGCUGUAACACACAGAAUGACAGUUUAGCUUCCAGCUGUUUAGGACUAAUUCUUCAUCGUUUAUUACAAACCUGUAGCAUUAGACAGAGGUAAAUUCCACAAAUGUCUCCAAAGAGAGAGAGAGAGAGAGAGAGAGAGAGAGCUGUGCGCAUUUACGCACGGCGCAAUAGUAGAACUUCAAUAGGUUCAACUGUAAAUGAUCCCGACUUGGAGGAAGGGACGAUCAGGAUCUAAUAGCAGCUGUGAACAUUUCUUCACCUCAGACAGAUGAGCUGUGACACAGAUUCACAUCUUAUAAGCUGCAGUUUCAUAUUUUGUCACAUAGCAACUGUCCUCAGGUUGAGUCCUGAGCUUUGUUUCACUGUUUAAGAAUUCAGGGUAAACUGGGCUGGUAGUUAUUUAGACACUUUAAUUAGCUGCUAUACGUUUAGUUUUAGUCUGUUCAUUGUUGUGCAUUGUACCUCACUUGGUGUAUUGACUAGUUUUGCGUGAGUGACAACUGACAGUGUGGUGGAUAUUUGUGAAUGCAGCCAUGAGGAACAUGAACAGAAAACCCUGUGACCUAUGUCUAAAAGGGCCUUAAAGUGACGAAAUGCUGUCACUUUAAUGGAUUGACGAACCCAGCAAUGUUCCAUGUCCCACAUUUGAAAGGGGCUUUAGUCAACUUGUCAGACAACUUCUCCUCAUACUUCUUGUCAGUAGCAGAAGCAGUGUUCUGUACUUGAGGUCAAGUAUAGAUGCUUUAUUGGCUAAAUUUAUUACUCCUCUUGUUGCCCCUGUCAUGGUUUUCCUCACUGUGGCCUUAUUUUUACUGAAAUACAAAGUCCUGCACAGCCAUGGCUA